AUGGGUUGGUUUUGGGCUGAGAAAGAUUUUCAAGGUGCUUCAAGGUGUCCUAUCGUCCACUCUAGUGCUGAAGUACCCGCUGAGUGCCCUGUGGGUUACUCAAAGCCAUUAUUAGGGAAUGAUUUACUGGGUAGCAAAUGUCCUGUGAAAGGAGAUGAGGUGUUAAAUCCUUUGAAUAACAUGCCUAUGGCUAUUUCAUCAGAAAAAGCACCUGGUCAGAGAGUAGUUCUUUCGACUGAGAGAACAAUAUCAUCUAUUCCUCGUGGGGAACUGGAAGAUCAAGGGUUGUGGGAAUACCCAUCGCCACAACAAAUGUAUAAUGCGAUGAUAAGAAAAGGUAAAGGCGAAGGAGUGCCUGAGGAUGCUGUGGAGUCGAUGGUUGAUGUACAUAACUUCUUGAAUGAAGGAGCAUGGUUACAAAUCUUGGAGUGGGAGAAUAACUAUACGAGAGAGUCAAAAGUUGAGCCAAGGCUUUUAAGAUUCACUGGGCGUCCUCAUGAUUUGUCACCUAGAGCACAGAUGUAUUUAUGGUUAGGCAAUCUAUUUCCUGAGACAUUUAAUACUCAACCACCUUUUGAUAGACAUGAUUGGACUGUAUUGAGAUCAUUAGGUAGAAACAAAGGAUGGAAACAAGUAAGAUACGUAAUUGAUUAUUAUAGUGCCCCCGAUGAUGAGGAUACGGGAAUGCCGGCUUUCAUGCUUGAUACUAGGCCAGCAUUAGACUCGAUUGAAAAUGCUUAUGACAGGUUUCAUCAUUGGUCUCACCCAUUAUGGAAAAGAGCGAUGGGAGAGUUUGAUAAGAUAUGA